AUGGAUUUCUCAACGCGUCUCCAUUGUCUUGCGAGUUUCUCUGAUUUUUCUUUCUAUACUAAAUUUCUUUCAUUUUUGUCUUUCUGUUUUCCUGUCUUUCUUUCUUUUUUUCUUUCUCCUUCACUAUUUAUUUUGAUUGAUUUCCUUUUUCCUUUUUGUUCUAAUUAUCUUUCUUUUUCUCUUCUUUUUUCCAUUUCGUCACAUUUCCCCUUUAUUCGUUUCCUUUUUCCCUUCAAUUUUUUAUUAUUUAUAUUUUAUUACAUUUUAAUGGAAUUUAUUCUUGCAAGUCCAUCAGGUUACAUUUUUUUACUGUUUCUAUAUUUUUUAAUUUUCAUACAUUUUCGUCUUAAAUUAUUUAUUUAUUUUCCUUCCUUCCUUCCUUCCUUCCUUCCUUCCAUCUUUUCUCCCUUUCUCCCUUCCAUCCUUCCUCCUUUUCUUCCUUUCUUUCUUCUUUACAUCCUUCCUUCUUUUCUCCCUUCCUUCCUUUCUUUCCAUCUUUCCUUCUUUUCUCCUAUUCUUACUUCCUUCCAUCCUUCCUCCUUUUCUUCCUUUAUUCUUUUUUACAUCCUUCGUUCUUUUCUACCUUUCUUCCUUCCUUCCAUCCUUCCUCCUUUUCUUCCUUUCUCCCUUCCAUCCAUCCUUCCUUCUUUUCGCCCUUCCUUCCUUUCUUUCCAUUCUUCCUUCUUUUCUCCCAUUCUUCCUUCCUUCCAUCCUUCCUCUUUUUCUUCCAUUCUUUCUUCUCUACAUCCAUCCUUCUUUUCUCCCUUCCUUCCUUCCUUCCUUCCUUCCUUCCUUCCUUCCUUCCUUCCUCCUUUUCUUCCUUUCUUUCUUCUUUACAUCCUUCCUUCUUUUCUCCCUUUCUUCCUUCCUUCACCCCUUCCUCCUUUUCUUCCUCCUUUUCUUCUUUACAUCCUUCCUUCUUUUCUCCCUUCCUUCCUUCCUUCCUUCCACCCUUCCUCCUUUUCUUCCUUUCUUUCUUCUUUACAUCCUUCCUCCUUUUUUUCUUUUCUCCCUUCCUUCCAUCCUUCCUUCUUUUCUCCCUUCCUUCCUUUCUUUCAUCCUUCCUUCUUUUCUCCCUUUCUUCCAUCCUUCCUCCUUUUCUUCCUUUCUCCCUUCCUUCCAUCCUUCCUUCUUUUCUCCCUUCCUUCCUUUCUUUCCAUCCUUCCUCCUUUUCUCCCUUCCUUCCUUCCUUCCUUCCUCCUUUUCUUUCUUCCUUUCUUUCUUUUUUACAUCCUUCCAUCCUUCCUACUUUUCUUCCUUUCUCCCUUCCUUCCAUCCUUCCUUCUUUUCUCCCUUCCUUCCUUUCUUUCCAUCCUUCCUUCUUUUCUCCCUUUCUUCCUUCCUUCCAUCCUUCCUCCUUUUCUUCCUUUCUCCCUUUCUUUCCAUCCUUCCUUCUUUUCUCCCUUCCUUCAUUUCUUUCCAUCCUUCCUUCUUUUCUCCCUUUCUUUCUUCCUUCCUUCCAUCCUUCCUUCUUUUCUUCCUUUCUUUCUUCUUUACAUCCUUCCUUUCUUUCAACAUUCCACUUUUAUGUGUUAA